UACUAAAUUAUGCUCUAGGAACGUCAUCCAUAAAAAUGACUUGCUCUGGCCCAAGGCAGCUUGUGUCGGCCCCACGGUUCUGUUGCUGAUGCCCUCUGAUACGGAGCAUGCCCAUCUCGUCACGUGACGUCUUCACCAAAGGUUCAUAUUUCAGCUGCUGCAAACCAGUUUGUUUGGACUUGAACUUAUCGUGAAUGGUCCGUCCAAAUGAGUCUAAAACAUUAAACAUGGGUACCACGACGGCGAUUUUGGUCCUUCUGGUCUGUUUGGUACCGGAUUGUGCUUUGGGAACGCUACAGCUGUCCGCGACGGUUCCAGAGAACGCUCACGCGGGGGAAACCGUCACAAGUGUUCGGCUGAACCUAAAGGAAGAUCGGGAAGAAGUCAGGUGUGACAUUGUGGACGGAAACAAGAACGGGCGUUUCCGUGUGACCGACUGCGUGGUCCAAGUGGCUCGUCCGUUGGAUUACGACGUCCACCCGAGUUAUAACCUCACGGUAAACGUCACUGGGUCUUCCGAAAGACACCAGCAGCUAUUUGUUGAUGUACAAGUCCAAGACGUGGAGGGAUACCCGCCUGUUUACAACGACACGUGCGAAAUGCCGAUUCGGAGUGGCCCUAUGAUGUCAGACGAUUUUUUGUUCAAUAUCAAAGUGACAGGCGAGGCCAUGAUAGAGGGAGUUGGAGAGAUGUCCGUGUCAAGAUACUUCACACUUGACUAUGACACUUCGCAUACAAUCGAUUACAAUGGUUGUCUAGUGUGGGUUACCUAUACUCCCUGGCAUACUUAUGACGUAGAUAUGUUUCAGUCGAUCUGGGAUUCACAAUAUCAUUGCUGGAACUGUUUUAAUGAUGCGGGAUCUGUCUUACAAGGUCAAGUAUUUCGUGGCGGUACUGAGUUUAUCCGAGUUUAUUACUCGGGACCUAGACCAGUGCACGUGUUGAAUAAUAUUUUCACAUUUGCCGGUUCAAUCCCGCUUUCUUCAGUUAAGAGAAAUAAUUUCUCAUGCAAGCUGUCAGAAAACGUUUCUAUUCUUCAAGUUAUAGCUGGGAAGAGACAUACAGCAAUACCUAUACGUCUAGAAUUUGAGAUCCAGCCUGUCGGAUGUCCCCCAAACAGGUACGGCGUGUUGUGUGACCAGAACUGCACCUGUGAGAACGGCGCCCGCUGCCACGGGCUGAACGGAGCCUGCAAGUGUCAGCCUGGAUGGCAAGGUGUCGUCUGCGACAUUCCUCACAGAACCGUGGCCAUUAUCGCGACCCCUGGCGACUCACGACGGAUUUACAUCACCGGCUCUGUAACGCUGCACUGCAGGGUUUUCCAUCUGGCUGCUGAAAGGAUGACUUGGACAUUUCCUAAUAAAACGGAAAAGUGGCUGCAGGACGCUCACGAAGAUCGUGUGCAGAUCCACAACAUCCAGUCCGAACACAACGGUACCUACAUCUGUACUGUGUUAACGCAAGACGGGACGGUCAUCAACGCAAGUUACGAGCUUCAGGCCGUCGCCUGUCCUCCCGGUAAAACGGGUGAAUCGUGCGGAGAGGACUGCGUCUGUAGCAACGGUGGCAGCUGUGACCGGUGGGCCGGCUGUGUCUGUCCGCCGGGAUGGACGGGAACCGCGUGUCAGACCUCCUGCCAAGUGGGAACCUACGGACAGGGUUGCAGCAGCAGGUGCUCGUGUCAGCAUGACGCAAUUUGCUCCCCUACCGACGGUCGGUGUACAUGUACGGCGGGCUGGUUCGGCAGACACUGCAGCAGACCGUGCCUCGCAGGUCGGUACGGAUUGAAAUGUUGGCAGGCCUGUGCCUGUAAGAACAACGCCACGUGUAACCACGUGGAUGGAACUUGCGCCUGCGCGCCACCCUGGACUGGCAAGUGGUGUGACGUCAUCGAAACGGACACGGACACAUUCCCGUUGUCGCUCCAGAUUGCCUUACCCGUGGCGCUGACUCUGCUAGUCGCCGCAAUAUUAAUGUUUACACUCUACAAACGGAACAAGGCUAGACAUGCGGCACAAGAAGAGCGUCUAGAGGAGACCAGAGCCAUACUGGAGCUGAGAAGUAUGGAAGAUGACCUGGCACAGAGUUUGCAGCCCGGCUGGCUCAACCGGUGGGAGAGGAGCGCUGACGAUCUGACUCUGGACGAACUGGUCGGACUGGGCGCGUUUGCACAGAUCAGGAGAGGCCAGCUCCGUGUGGCUGGCGCUGACGUCACGGUGGCGGUCAAGUCCGUCCGCGGAGAGGACAGGCGGUGCUACCGAGCCUUCUGCCGGGAAGUCGCCGCGCUGAUAGCCGUACACGAAAACAACCACGACCAACAUGGCGGACAUCCCAACAUCGUCAAGCUGUUUGGAGUCGUGACCAAGUCCUCACCCAAAUGUAUUCUCCUGGAAUUUGCUGCCAAAGGCGAACUUUUGGUAAUCCUAAAGGAACAACCUCGGCCAAACGGUUCUCUUGUCAUGUUUCUGAGCUAUGCCGUCCAUAUAUCCCGUGCCCUGAGCGAGCUCCGAAAUCUGCGGAUCGCUCACGGUGACGUGGCCGCCCGAAACGUCCUAGUCAGCGGCGAUGACGUGGCCAAACUUGCUGACUUCGGUCUGGCUCAUGACGUCUACACCACGACUACCUACGUGUCCACAGUCCAAGGUGACGCGGACGAACUCCUGCCCCUGAAGUGGAUGGCUCUGGAGUCGCUGGAGUCUCGCGAGUUCACGUGCGAGAGCGACACGUGGUCGUUCGGCGUGCUGCUGUGGGAGAUCGCCGCCUUCGGGGAGGAGCCCAGCUACCAGCGCCAUCUGAGUUGUCCCAAGUUGGUGGGGAUCCUGAGGCAGGGGGUCCGUCUGGAGAGGCCGCCCGGAUGUCCGGAAAAGCUUUAUAACGUCAUGAAGUCGUGUUGGCGGGAGGACCCGUCGGUAAGGCCCGAGCCGGAAGAACUGGAGCGGAAACUGACAGAAUGUCGCCACGAAAUGGACCCGCGUCUGGUCAGGGACCUCGAGUAGGAAAGCUCGGAGUGACAGACAAUGUAAAGCAGUAACGCUAGCAAACAUAUUGGACAUCUGGAUAUAUUUACAGUUUGAAGGUGUUUAUUAAGUCAAAAAAAUUUAAA